AUGAACAACGUGCAUUCAUUUUACCAUCUGGUUACCAACCACAUCAGAGAUAUCACGCCAUUGAUAUAUACCCCGGUCGUUGGAGAUGCAUGUGAACGGUGGUCCGAGAUUUAUGAACAGCCUGAAGACCAAGGCAAUCUGGCAGAUGUUAUUGCCAAUUGGCCAAAGCCGAAAGUUGCGAUCUCAUGUAUCACUGAUGGCUCUCGAAUACUUGGGCUAGGUGACCUCGGAAUCAAUGGUAUGGGCAUCCCGAUCGGAAAACUGGCCCUCUACACAGCUUGUGCCGGCGUCUGCCCCAAGAUGACCUUACCUUUGACCUUGGAUCUGGGUACCAACAACAAGUCGCCAUGGGACGACCCAUUCUAUAUGGGUAGCCGACACCGGAGGUGUGGACCUGCAGAAGAGCAAAGCUUCCUGGAUGAGCUGAUGGCUGCGCUCACUUCCCGAUGGCCUGAAAUUAUCAUCCAGUUUGAAGACUUCCAACCCCCCUUUCCCGCCCUGGACGGAUACAAAGAACACUAUGCCUGUUUUAAUGAUGACAUCAAGGGCACCGGCGCCGUUGUUUUCGGUGGUAUUAUCAAUGCGAUCAAGAGGUCAAAGCUGCCUUUCAAAGAGCAUAGGGUGGUGUUUCUAGGUUCUGGCAGUGCGGGGAUUGGUUACUUCGCUCGCCAAAAUGACCGCGGUCGCCAGUUGAAGUCUUUCGACGAGGGCAUGGACUACGUGAAGCCUACUAUACUUAUCGGUCUUUCGACUUUAGGCGACGUGUUCACCCCGAAUAUCCUGGGCAAGAUGGCCACCUGGAAUACCGCACCGAUCAUCUUCCCACUUUCUAACCCUUCUCGAAGUCUGAGUGUGACUUCGAGUGUGCCGUUAAAACCGAUGGCCGCGUUAUCUUUGCUUCUGGAUCACCCUUUCCGUCGCUCUCCUUCACCAAUUCUCUCGGCGAGACUUCAACAUACUCCCCGGGCCAAAGAAACAAUAUGCAAGGCACUCUCGCGGGCUCUCGACGAGGAUGAGAUUGCUCGUGGUCUAAUAUACCCUGAUAUCUCUCGUAUUCGAGAGGUUAGCGUGAUAGUUGCCCGCAAUGUCAUAAGGACAGCCCAAAAGGAUAAAGUAGAUCGCAAUAUUGCUAUACGCGACAUGAGCGAUGCAGAUCUUGAAACCUGGAUCAAAGCACGCAUGUACGACCCUCAUUCGGAGGUACAGAACUUCGAAAGUCAAAUUAGCGGCUUGAGCUCCUCGCCUCAUAUUUGCUAUGCAUGUCAUAAGUAA